AUGCUUGAUUUGCGAUACCUAGGGUCUUGCGAUGCAAACGAUGCUAUUCAGAUAUCCAUUGUCCAACCCGGCCAAGAAAAGCUUGCUACUCUCUCCACUUUCCAGCCCGAGUUCACAUAUCCAAUUUUCGGUGAAGAGGAAACCAUAUUUGGCUACAAAGGAUUGAUCAUUCGAUUGCGUUUUGCUGCGCAUGAUCUCAGAUCAAAUGUGCAUAUCUCAUAUGAUGAAAAGUUCAAGACAGUUGCCGACGUUGCUCCCGUGGAUCUAUUGAAGACACUGAAUCCCUGGCUGCCAAAGUCUUCGUUUGCGCCUCUGGAGGACUUUGAAGAAUCGGUUCUAAACGAUAAAUUUGCGAAAGACUUUAAACCCCCAGGAAAGCUUGUCCAUAGCUACACAAGCAAGCAGAGGAACUAUGAGAUUUGGGCCGGUUCAUUAACCGAUCCCGAAAUUCGGACUUUCCUCGAUCGCGUACAAAUAUUCGUCUCUUUCUUCAUCGAAGGGGGUACCCCAAUCACAACGGACGAUUUUGAAUGGACCCUUCAAAGGUGGACAGUAUACCUCAUUUACGAAAAGAGGGAUCCUCCCAAUCCCACAGCCUCACCAUACUCAUUCGUAGGCUACUCAACCACAUACCGAUGGUACUUUUACCUCGAAGACCCCAACAACAACAAUAAAAUACGUCAAACGCCAAAAAUCUUAGACACCCCCUUCCCCUACACAGAUGGAAUCUCCAUCUCCCAACUCCCCGCCCGCCUUCGCAUUUCCCAAUUCCUCAUCCUCCAACCCCAUCAGCAAUCCGGUCACGGCUCCCAGCUCUACCACACAAUCCAAUCCGCCUGCCUAACUGACCCCACCCUUCAUGAACUCACCGUCGAAGACCCUAACGAAGCCUUCGAUUACCUCCGCGACAUAAAUGACUACCACACCCUCUACCCCGAAUUCCUCAAACACAAAAUAUCCAUAAACCCCAACCCGUACCAACCAGACGACCAGGCACAACAGGGAGCUCCACGCCGCCGUCGGCCCCGCCUUAUGCCUACCUCCGCCCUCCUCCCAAUAACCACUCUCCGCGACCUGCGCACCCGCUACAAGAUCGCCCCUGUGCAAUUCUCACAUAUAGUUGAGAUGUACCUCCUAAGCCAAAUCCCAGCAGACCAUCGCGGCGCCAGCAAUACGAAUAUAGCGCGCCUGCUUGUGCAGAAGUGGCGCGCACCCAACGAGCAUGAUAGGCGGUAUUACUGGUGGCGCAUGCUGGUUAAGCAGCGGCUGUAUAAGCGGCAUCGUGACUUGUUGAUUCAGCUGGAUCGCGAGGAAAGAUUGCAGAAACUGGAGGAGACCUUGGGAAAUGUGGAAGAGGGGUAUGAUGGGUUGCUCAAGGCGUUUGGGGUUAAGAGGGGUGGUGGGCAGAGGGGUGGAAAAGAAGGUGGAGAUGAGGUUGAGGGGGAGAAGGAUGGGGAAGGGGAAGGAGAGAAUGGUGAUGUGGAAGGGAGCGGGAGUUGGGAGAGAGGGAAGAGGAAAUUUACUGUUCUCGAAGAUGAGGAUGAAGAGGGAGAAGAUGGUGGAGGGGAAGGGAAAGACGGGGAGGAUAGGCCGACAGAUGGAGAGGAGGUGCCUUCCGCGAAGAAAAUGAAGACUUGA